ACGUGCAAGCAACAGCGAGCCACACUACGAGCCCAGUUGUUCCUCAUAUUUCGGAUUCUCAAUAACGAUCGUUCGAAUUCUUCAUAGGUUUAAAAAAUAGUUUGAGUCUUAAUUAUGUAAGGAAAGUGUCUUUAUUUUUUGUUUUACAUGGUCUAUAAGAAAUAUUACGAUGCAAAGUUCUAUAUGUGAAAAUUUAUGUUAAGAAUUGUCUACGUUGUUCAUUAUACAAUAAUUCAGAUACAAUACAUACAAUACAAAAAAAUGUGGUAGCCUUUUGCUAUUUUUUACAGAGGAUUCUGGAGACGUAUAAAAUGUUGAUACUAAUUUUUGAUUUUGACACUUAUGCGUUUUGACAAUUUGUAUAUCAUCAUAAUGUGUAUAAUGAGGAUUAACACAUUCAUCAGAAUAGUUUCAGACAUACCAGAGAGAAAUGAAGAAGUCUGUCUACGAUUUUUGAUUUAAAGCUGCGCUGAGACAUGGAGGCCAAAUCUGAUAAAAAAUUGUGAUAAGACUAAGUACACGGAAUUUAGAUUGUCGCUUUCUUAAGUCUUCGGGCUAAUAAAAUCAUUCUAUUUGAGCAUGAAUAUAGAUAAGAUUUAGGAAAAUGGAAGAUACAAAUCUGAACGAAGUGCUCACUGUAAAAAGUUCGACAAAGAUUGCGAAACUAGACGUGCAAUCGGACAUUAAACCGAUAAAAUUAAAAGUGUAUAAAAGAAGAUGGUUGAUGCUGGCCAUCUAUAUGUUGUAUAACAGUACGAUGGCUUCUCAAUGGAUAGAAUACGCGAUAAUAGCUAACAUAGUCUCUAGAUAUUACAGAAUAUCUACGUUAAUGGUCGACUGGACGUCGAUGUCCUUCAUGCUGCUUUACGCGGUGUUCGUUAUCCCAGUGCAAUAUAUGUCAGACAGGUACGGAAGUCUGAGAUGGACUGCCCUUCUUGGCAGCGGCUUGAGCUGUCUGGGAGCAUGGAUAAAAACCUUCUCCAUUCACCCCGACAGUUACCACAUCGUUAUCAUCGGUCAUUCUAUCGUCGCAUUCACGCAGACUCUGAUUCUACCAAUACCAGGACGCUUGGCCGCUCAAUGGUUUCCUUCUAACGAACUUUCGACCGCGACGUGUUUGGGUCUUUUUGGUAACCAAGUGGGAAUAGCAUUCGGUUUUCUCUUGACGCCUAUAAUAGUGAAGAAUCACGAAAAUCUAGAUAACGUUGGCAACGAUCUGUCACGUUUAUGCUGGAUUGUUGCUAUCGCUACUACGGUUGGAUUUAUUUUAGUCAUCCUAUUAUUUCAGGACGAGCCAAAACUGCCACCAAGCGAGACGCGAGCCCUGCAAAAAUUGAACCGAACAAAAAAAGGAGAGCCUUUCGUCGCGCCGAUUAAAAGACUUUCCAAGAACAAAAAUUACGUCCUGCUCUGUAAUUCUCAUGGCUUGAACGUCGGCGUGCUGAAUGUCUUCGCUACAUUGCUCAAUCAAAUAUACCUCCUGCACUUUGAGAAUGGAGAGGAAGAUGCGGGUAGAAUUGGAUUAGCUAUGAUUUUCAGCGGGAUGAUUGGUACCGUUGUUUGCGGUAUCGUUCUUGAUAAAACACAUAAGUUCAAAGAGAGUGCCAUUGCUGCAUAUUUUCUCACAUUGUGCGGCCAAGCACUAUUUGCCGUAUUUAUUUGUCUCGGCAUAAAUUGGAUGGUAUAUGUGUCAUCCUUUAUUUUAGGAUUUUUCAUGUGGGGAUACCUAGCAAUGGGAUAUGAAUUGUGCACCGAAUAUACGUAUCCGGAAUCGGAGAAUAUGUCUGCAGGAAUUCUCAAUAUAACGAAUAACAUUUACGGCGUAAUAUUUGUUAUAAUACUUGGAAUAGUAUUGCAAGCAUACGGAGAUAUUCCCGUGCACGUUGCCUUUUGCUUGAUUCUCCUGCUCGGCUUGAUUAUAACCAUUUUAACGGAAGACGAACAAAGACGACAGGAUACAAAAAAGAAGGCUCAGUGUGAAAGAACUGCGAAGCUCGAGGACAACAUCGAUAACAUUCCAGAAACCGAUCAACUAACUCAUAACAUUAAUUAAUAAAUAUUUUGUAAAUAUCGAAUUCUUUAUUAUAUUUU